AUGACUGUUUCAAAAUAUGGGUUGCAAUCAUUGCUAGAAGAGUUUAGCAAAUUACAAAAGAAAUUACCAAAACACGAAAAUGAAAAUUCAACUGAUAAUACCAUCACAGAACAACAACAACAGAGUAAUAACAGAGAUAAUACUAUGAUUACUGGUGUUGACUUAACGCCCUAUAUACAAUCAUUAAAUCUAGAUCCGGCGUCUAAACUACCGUUCCACCAUGUUUUAGAAACACUACCAUCUCCAUGGAUUGAAACAUCAAGAAGUGAUGUGGAACCACGACAUUUUAUACCGGAGAGCUUCACUAAAAUAACAAAUGUCUUAGGAUCACCUGUUUCGCCACCAGUUUUCAAUCAAGUUUCUAAUGUGGAACAGAAUAAAAUUUCUUUAUUUCAAGACGAAACCUUGUUCUAUUUAUUUUAUAAACAUCCCGCUAGUGCUGUGCAAGAACUAACAUAUAUUGAGCUAAGGAAGCGUAAUUGGAGGUAUCAUAAGCAAUUAAAAGUAUGGUUAACAAAGGACCCUUUUAUGGAUCCUGUUGUUUCCCAAGAUGGAUUAAGUGAAAGGGGUAGAUAUGUGUUUUUUGAUCCUCAAAGAUGGGAAAAAGUUCAAAAAGAUUUCAUAUUGUAUUACAAUGCCAUUAUGUGA